CUUCUCUUCUUUCUUCCCUCUCGCUCUUUUUUUUUUUUAUGAAAUUAUAUAUGUCUUAUGACAGUUCCAUCCUAUUCUCUUGAAAGACACCUUUCCAUACAUGAUAUUCGGGAUGCUCCACCUUUAGCUACCGCUUCUCGACCCACUCGGUAUGCAACUGUAGGUAGUAGACAAUAUCAUCAUCCUCCGCAGCGGUUUUUUAUGACAUCCAACUCAACAUAUAAUCAAGGGCGUAUUCUUUGUUCUCCAGGUUCCAUUUUUGAAGGAAAAGUGGAAGUUAUUUUAACUCAUCCUUUGAUGUGUUUGAACUUGAGUGUGAUGUUUAAAGGUGAAGAAAAAGUAGCCUCGAGUGGAAAAACAAAACAUCUUUCCGUUACUAAUCGUCUUUUUGGUAUACGUACUUUAUUAUGGGGUGACCAUCAUCAAGAUGAAUCUUCAAAGGAGGCUUGGCCUAUUCUUGAACCUGGACAUCACGUUUUUCCUUUCAUGAUCGAAAUGCCACUAGUCAAUUAUCCUCCGUCCUUUUAUCAUCCUUUUGUUACUUGCGACUAUACAAUAUAUGCUACAUUGGAACGACCUGGCGAACGACCAUUUAAAACACAACAAUUGCAAGUCCUUUUUGAACCCAUCAUUGGUUCAACUCACUAUCGUUUACAACACAACAACAGUAUACAACAAAAAAUCCCUUCUAUAUUACCUCAUUUUGACAUUCAAGUCAACAUACCUCACCAUGUUUAUACAAUAUCUGAAUCAACUCAUAUUCCUAUUCGACUGACAUGUAUCAAUGAUAGUACUAGUCUUACUUCAUGCGCUAAUUUGCCUAGUUUAUUACUUUGCGCCAAAUUACAAAGACACAUCAAAGUGAUUCACAACUCAUUUUUUCAUCAAGAAUUAUCUACUCUCCAACAAGUAACAUCGACAUGGUUACUGUCUCAGGCAGAUGUUCUGGAGAUGAAACUACCUCUUGUUACUGAUUUAUAUUCGUCUUCGUCCAAUUCGAAUAUGAUAACUUGUCCUAGUAUAGACUACGCCAAGCAUUUUCAUAUACAAUACACCAUCAUCCUCUCUGCCAAGAUUCGUGGACGUCUAACGAGUACAACCAAGAAGGAAUCCAUCUCAAUCCCUAUAUUUUUCACUACAUUGAAUCAAGAAACCAAACCUCCUGCUGCGCUGGUACCGUUUACCCAUCAAGAAGUGAUUAAUGAUGAUACAUUGAACACAAAACCUCGUUUUAUCCCACCUCCAUCACCUCAUUUGAACGAUACCAUCUUGCCUCCAUACGAUCCAAUCAAACCUCCUUCAUAUAAUUAACAUUUUUAGAUUUUUAGUUUGACUUAAUAGAAUUAGUUGUAUUUUAUAUGUAUUUAAAUAAUAAUAAUAAUAAUAAUAAUAAAAAAAGCAUGACCCACCAGCAUGAUUACCAUGAUUUUUAA